UUCCUUCAUAUCUUCACUUUGAGGCUAAUGAUUGUUUAUGGAAUAAUAUAUAUUAGUCACGGGCAUGUUACGAUGCGACACUGUUAAUGCCGUGUGAUGUAAACGUACGUCUCUCCACAACGUCAUUCUUUAAAUGUUGUCCAGUGCUGCAGCUAGCUAACGUUCACGGUCGCUAACAGCAGUCAAAUGUUUCUAGAUGUGUGGAGGACUAAAGUUAACGUCGGGAGGUUUUAACUCGUGUUGGGUUUGAAGUGAAUAACUUCUGCGUUCAAGACGCUCAGUGAACGUGGCCGGGUUAGGAACCGUAACGACCAAGUAGCAACAAAACAGUGGUGUUGCGUUCACGUUCCCAGUUUAGUGACCAGUAAGGCCAGCCGUGUGCUCCAGGCUGUCGGUCAGGACGGCUCACGAUGUCGGUCACGAACCGGGUCCAGGGUUCGGCUUGUGUUUGAUCUUCAACCCGGCGAGUUAGACUGGAUGUUCAGAUGAGAGAGAGACGAAACGAAAGUAGACCCUUUUUAGUUAAAUUGACACACUAUAGCUGCUUAUUCUGUGGAAACAUUUAGAAACAAAUGUAUAGUUGUUUUUUUACUUAGUAAGAGAACCGUGACAGCUGUAAAUAAACUACUUAUUAAUAACUAACCCACUGUUUAUUAUGAUGUCACUUGGUAGAUUUCCCAAUGAUACACAUGUGUAAAAUAAUGAUGUGUGACAUCAUGAAAAAUAAUGAUGUGUGACAUCAUGAAUUUGAAUGUCAAUGUGGCCCACAGGACAGGAAAUCAAUAGCAAUGCUGGUUUUCCACCCAGGUCAUUUAUUUAGUUAUUUAUUUCGGUUAUCCAUCAGGGUGCAGACAUAUUGUCUCAUGGUCAAUUUUGUAUUUUUGUUCGUCAGCUGCUCUCAUUAAAUAUAUGGCAUUUCCUGUGUAAAAUAGCACAGCAACUUUGUUUUAUUUCAUAAAAAGAUUUUGCAUUUCUUCAUUAUAGUGCAGGCGGUUAUUUUUUCCGACAAGGUGAUCCAUCUCUAGUAUUAAACACUGCAGGAAGCACUCGUGAGUACCAAUAGACAAUAAAAAAUAGUAAUGAUUUUGUUUUGCGUGUAGGAUACACUCUUAAAAUAUAAUUGUUGCCAGACAUACGUGCAUGUUAAAUAUCUCCGUGGUAAGUAGCACGUUACAGCUGCUGUGUGUUUCUGAAUACAUUCCAUCGAUGUGGUAAAAUGCCCGAUAUACGACAUCGAGCACGACAAACUCUGCUCCUGAACUUCGCUGAAUACUUUCCUCCUCCUCUAGGAGGUGAAGAAGUCAUAAUGGAAACUGAGGACAAGCCAAAAGAAGCAGAGCAAGUCGCUGAGGAGGCUGAAAAAUGUGACACGGACUCCACGUCUUCCCCGGUUGCGGGAGACGCCAAAACUCAGGACUCUCGCAUCAGCAACGGGGACGACGCAGACAGCGACCGGGAGAUGGUCGACUUGAAGAUUAUCUGGAACAAGAAUAAAUAUGAUCUGAAAAUUCCGGUCGAUAACACCGGAGCGCAACUAAAAGAGAGGAUCCACUCCCUCACCGGUCUUCCACCUUCAAUGCAGAAAGUGAUGUACAAAGGAUUGCUGACGGAGGACAAGACGCUACGUGAAAUAAAGAUUACAAACGGUGCCAAAAUAAUGGUGGUAGGCUCUACAAUAAAUGAUGUAUUAGCUGUCAAUACGCCCAAAGAGGUCAUCCAGCAGGAAGUUAAAGCGGAGGAAGACAAGAAGGAGCCUCUAUGCAGCCAAAAGCAACACAGGAAAGUGUUGGACAAAGGUAAACCAGAUGACAUAAUGGCAUCUGUGAAAGGAACAAAGGAACGAUUGCCGACGGUGCCUUUAUCCGGGAUGUUCAACAAGUCCGGAGGAAAAGUUAGACUCACGUUCAAACUGGAGCAGGACCAGUUGUGGAUCGGAACAAAGGAGAGAACGGAGAAAGUCCCGAUGGGCUCCAUUAAAAACGUCGUGUCUGAACCCAUCGAAGAGCAGGACGGCUACUACAUGAUGGCAUUCCAGCUGGGUCCGACAGAAGCGUCUCAAUACUGGGUCUACUGGGUGCCUGCACAGUUUGUCGAUGCAAUCAAAGACACAGUCCUUGGAAAAUGGCAGUAUUUCUAAUGUGCCUCUUUUUUUUGAACUGGGAUUGAGAAGCCAAUGAAAAAAAUGAAACUGGAGUCGACAGUAAGGCUUACGGAACUUCUUUGAAUACAUCCAAAGGAAACGGACGGAUGCCUGUGGACUAAUCAUAUUGUUUUUAGGUUAAAAGUGCACUAUGUGGCAGCGUAACAAUUCUCAGCCCUGUUGAUCUUUCAAGGUUUUCAGCAAAUCCAAGGGAAGAUGAUGAAACAAUUGUACAGAAAUUGCUAACACUUUUCUUCAGUUAUUCUUAAAGAAAUAAAACUUAUUUAAUGAAAUACA